GGCGCGCGGAGCCUGCGGCGGCGGCGGCCCGGCGGGCGGAGCGGCGCGGGCAUGGCCGCGCGCGGCCGGCGCGCCUGGCUCAGCGUGCUGCUCGGGCUCGUCCUGGGCUUCGUGCUGGCCUCGCGGCUCGUCCUGCCCCGCGCCUCCGAGCUGAAGCGAGCGGGCCCACGGCGCCGCGCCAGCCCCGAGGGCUGCCGGUCCGGGCAGGCGGCGGCUUCCCAGGCCGGCGGGACGCGCGGCGAUGCGCGCGGGGCGCAGCUCUGGCCUCCCGGCUCUGCUCCAGAUGGCGGCCAGCGCGACAGGAACUUUCUCUUCGUGGGAGUCAUGACCGCCCAGAAAUACCUGCAGACCCGCGCCGUGGCCGCCUACAGAACGUGGUCCAAGACAAUUCCUGGGAAAGUUGAAUUCUUCUCGAGUGAGGGUUCUGACACAUCUGUACCAAUUCCAGUAGUGCCACUACGGGGUGUGGACGACUCCUACCCGCCCCAGAAGAAGUCUUUCAUGAUGCUCAAGUACAUGCAUGACCACUACUUAGACAAGUAUGAAUGGUUUAUGAGAGCAGAUGAUGAUGUGUACAUCAAAGGAGAUCGUCUAGAGAAUUUCCUGAGGAGUUUGAAUAGCAGCGAGCCCCUCUUCCUUGGGCAGACAGGCCUGGGCACCACAGAAGAAAUGGGAAAACUGGCCCUGGAGCCUGGUGAGAACUUCUGCAUGGGAGGGCCUGGCGUGAUCAUGAGCCGGGAAGUGCUUCGGAGAAUGGUGCCGCACAUUGGCAAGUGUCUCCGGGAGAUGUACACCACCCAUGAGGACGUGGAGGUGGGAAGAUGCGUCCGCAGGUUCGCAGGGGUGCAGUGCGUCUGGUCUUACGAGAUGCAGCAGCUUUUUUAUGAGAAUUAUGAACAGAACAAAAAGGGGUACAUUAGAGAUCUCCAUAAUAGUAAAAUUCACCAAGCUAUCACAUUACACCCCAACAAAAACCCACCCUACCAGUACAGGCUCCACAGCUACAUGCUCAGCCGCAAAAUAGCCGAGCUCCGCCACCGCACCAUACAGCUGCACCGUGAAAUUGUCCUGAUGAGCAAAUACAGCAACACAGAAAUUCAUAAGGAGGACCUGCAGCUGGGAAUCCCUCCCUCCUUCAUGAGGUUUCAGCCCCGCCAGCGAGAGGAGAUUCUGGAAUGGGAGUUUCUGACUGGAAAAUACUUGUAUUCAGCAGCUGACGGCCAGCCCCCUCGAAGAGGAAUGGACUCUGCUCAGAGGGAAGCCUUGGACGACAUUGUCAUGCAGGUCAUGGAGAUGAUCAAUGCCAACGCCAAGACCAGAGGGCGCAUCAUUGACUUCAAGGAGAUCCAGUACGGCUACCGCCGGGUGAACCCCAUGUACGGGGCCGAGUACAUCCUGGACCUGCUGCUUCUAUAUAAAAAGCACAAAGGGAAGAAAAUGACGGUCCCUGUGAGGAGGCACGCGUAUUUACAGCAGACUUUCAGCAAGAUCCAGUUUGUGGAGCAUGAGGAGCUGGAUGCACAGGAGUUGGCCAACAGAAUCAAUCAGGAAUCUGGAUCCCUGUCCUUCCUCUCGAACUCCCUGAAGAAGCUUGUCCCCUUUCAGCUCCCUGGGUCUAAGAGCGAGCACAAAGAACCCAAAGAUAAAAAGAUAAACAUACUGAUCCCUUUGUCUGGGCGUUUUGACAUGUUUGUGAGAUUUAUGGGCAACUUUGAGAAGACGUGUCUUAUCCCCAAUCAGAACGUCAAGCUUGUGGUUCUGCUUUUCAAUUCUGACUCCAACCCCGACAAGGCCAAACAAGUUGAACUGAUGAGAGAUUACCGCAUUAAGUACCCUAAAGCAGACAUGCAGAUUUUGCCUGUGUCUGGAGAGUUUUCAAGAGCGCUGGCCCUGGAAGUAGGAUCUUCCCAGUUUAACAAUGAAUCUCUGCUCUUCUUCUGCGAUGUUGACCUCGUGUUUACUGCAGAAUUCCUUCAGCGAUGUCGAGCAAAUACAGUUCUGGGUCAACAGAUAUAUUUUCCAAUCAUCUUCAGCCAGUACGACCCAAAGAUUGUUUAUAGUGGGAAGGUUCCCAGUGACAACCAUUUUGCCUUUACUCAGAAAACUGGCUUCUGGAGAAACUAUGGGUUUGGAAUCACAUGUAUUUAUAAAGGAGAUCUUGUCCGAGUGGGUGGCUUUGAUGUUUCAAUCCAAGGCUGGGGGCUGGAGGAUGUGGACCUUUUCAACAAGGUUGUCCAGGCAGGUUUGAAGACGUUUCGAAGCCAAGAAGUAGGAGUAGUCCACGUCCACCAUCCUGUCUUCUGUGAUCCCAAUCUUGACCCCAAACAGUACAAAAUGUGCUUGGGGUCCAAAGCAUCGACCUAUGGGUCCACACAGCAGCUGGCUGAGAUGUGGCUAGAAAAAAAUGAUCCAAGUUACAGUAAAAGCGGCAAUAAUAAUGGCUCAGUAAGGACAGCCUAAUAUCCAGCUUUGCUGGAAAAGACAUUUUUAAUGAUCUAAUUUAUUUUUCAAAAGUUUUUUGUAUGAUCCAGUUUUUGAAGUCCAUAUACAAGGAUAUAUUUUACAAGUGGUUUUCUUACAUAGUACUCCUUUAAGAUUGAGCUUCCUGAACAAGAAUGUGGUCAGUGUUUGCCUUUGAACACAUCUUCUUGCUGAACAUUAUGUAGCAGACCUGCUUAACUUUGACUUGAAAUGUACCUGAUGAACAAAACUUUUUUAAAAAACAAAUGUUUUCUUUUGAGACCCUUUGCUACAGUCCUAUGGCAGAAAACAUGAACAUUCCUGCAAAGUAUUAUUGUAACAAAACACUGUAACUCUGGUAAAUGUUCUGUUGUGAUUGUUAACAUUGCACAGAUUCUA